AGGGAGAGGAAACGCUGGGACGUUGGCGAGCGCGAGUCCUUUCUGCCCCGACUCCGAAGCGCGGCAAGAGUAGGAAAUGCACAAUUUUGAGGAUGAGUUAACAUGCCCCAUUUGUUACAGUAUCUUUGAAGACCCUCGUGUCCUGCCAUGCUCUCACACCUUCUGUAGAUCUUGCUUAGAGAGCGUUCUUCAGGCAUCGAGUAACUUUUACAUAUGGAGACCUCUGCGGAUCCCACUCAAGUGCCCUAACUGCAGAAGCAUGAUUGAAAUUGCUCCCAACGGCAUAGACUCGCUACCUGUUAACUUUGCGUUAAGGGCGAUUAUUGAAAAGUACCAGCAAGAAGAUCACCCGGAUAUUGCCACCUGCCCUGAGCAUCACAUGCAGCCAUUAAAUGUUUACUGUCUGCUGGAUAAGAAGUUAGUCUGUGGGCAUUGCCUCACCAUAGGUCAGCAUCACGGCCACCCUAUCGAUGACCUUCAGAGUGCCUAUCUCAAGGAAAAGGAAACACCUCAGAAGCUGCUGCAGCAGUUAACUGACACUCACUGGACUGACCUUGGUCAUCUGAUUGAAAAGCUAGAAGGACAAAAGUUGAAUUCAGAGAGGAUGGUCCAAGCUGAUAAGGAGGUGGUUCUCCAGUAUUUCAAGGAGCUUAGUGAUGUAUUAGAACAGAAAAAAAAACUUUUCCUCACUGCCCUCUGUGACGUUGGCAAUCGGAUUAGUCGAGAAUACACACCACACAUCGAAAGGAUGAAAGAAUUGAGAGAGCAGCAGCUUGAGUUAGUGACCCUGACAACAUCUUUACAAGAGGAGCCUCCACUUGAGUUUCUGGAGAAAGUGGAUGACCUUCGCCAGCGGGUGCAGACGUUGAAGCAAAAACCCCUGCCUGAGGUUCUGCCUGUCUUGAUCUGCCCUCGAGCCAGCCAGGUACUGAAGGAAGAUUGGAACAGAACAGAAAUUGGACAAAUAAAGAAACUUGUUGUCCCUGAAAUGAGAAUUUCUUCUAAAAGGAUGCCAUGUGCCAGGGCCAAGAAGGAUGAAAACGAAGUUGAACUCUAUAAGAUCCUCAAUGUUGUUAUUGUCACACUGAUUUCAGUGAUACUGAUGUCAAUCCUCUUUCUUAACCAGCACAUAAUAACUCUUUUAUAUGAAAUCACUUUAGUCUAUUUCUCUGAAGUCUCUUCAUGUUUUUACCAAAGCUUAUCUAACGGCCUGUAUGAUUUAAAGAAUAUAUUGUGUCACAUUUUAUAUUUACUGAAGGAAUUCAUGUGGAAGCUAGUUUCUCGUUGAGAAUUCAAAUCUGACUAGUUGAAUAGGCUUGUUCUGUGCAACUGCGAUGAACCAUUGCUAAGAGGAGAAAUGGGUAUAGCACAAAUAAAUUAGCAAACUAAGCCUUAUUUUAGUGGCAACACAUGUUAAGCUUUUCAGCUCCUGUUAGAUAGAAAUGUUAAACAGUCUCGUUUCAGCUUAAAAACUUUAGAAUCUACGUAUUAUGUAAAUGCUAAUCUAUCAAUCCAUUUAUCGGCAUGAGUUGGACUCAGGAUUGCUGGGACAUUUGGAACACUGAUGCCAGCACUGUGCUUUGUGUGCAGUGCACCUUUAAGUGUGAACCAUGGGUGGCACUUGCUGGCAUCAGUGUAAUUCCAGACUUAAACCAAGAUUGUCUUUUACCAUUCUUAAGCACUGUAGUUGUAGCUUUGCGGUUCUUUCUGUAUACUUCAGAUGGCAAAAUUCUCCAAGUGCAGGUGCCUUUAUUUGCAUGUGGUUUGAAGCUUCUGAAUAGGAUAAGGAUGGCCAGUAAAGCCUCAAAAGCGAUGGGGAGUUGUUCACAUUAAAGAUGCUUUUGAUCAGGUAUUUCUGAUCCACAGGUUAAUGUAUUCUUAGAUGUAAGAGCUUCUAGCACCAUUUGUUCCUAAUAAAGUUAAUGCUUUUUGAAAUGACAUUUCAGGGAAUAACAUUUUCUUACAC